UCCCCAAAGUGUAGAGCUGGAGCGUGGGGGAGCGCGGCGGCGCCUCCGCCACCAAACUCCUGGGGCUCCGCGGCGUUCGGAGCCACCUCCCGCCUAGCCCGGAGGGGCUCUCUUACCAGGCUGUAGCCUCACUUUCCCGUUUUUCUUUUUCUUUAAAAAACACCCCCACCUCUCUUCUGAUCACAGCAGCUGGUGCAUUCCCCGCUCCCCACUCCGGAGCUGCCCAUCCCUCCGGCUGGCGGCGAGGACGCGCGCUCAGCCUUGGGCGAAGCAAAGAAGAAAAACUUGUCGGAGGGGUUUCUCCAGCCUCCGCUAGCCUCCUUCUCUCGGGAACACCAACCGCCCGCCGGGGCCAGUCCUAAGUCUGGGAAAGUUCCUCCGGUGCUCAGCGCCCUCUUGAAUCUGGAGCAGCACCGGCGCAGCCAGUGGAAUUAGAUCUGUUUUGAACCCAGUGGAGCGCGUCGCGGGCGCUCGGAAGUCACCGUCUGUGGGCGCCCGGGUGGCGCUGCCUGAGAGGACCCGGGAGUUUGCGGGCCCUACUGCAAGUGACCUUUCCUCCCCUCACUUGGUUGAUUCUGUCUCAGCUGGGGGCUGCAAGGGUGACAAGUUGCGGUGAGAGCUCCCGAAGUUCGGAGAGGGCUGGGCAGUCUCUCCUUCGCUUCUGCUACCCGGAGUGAAAUCCUAGCGAAACUGUCAGAGGCCUCCGGAUCCCACCCAAGACUCACCGGCAGAGCUCUUCCGUGUCGCCCCAUCCCCAGGGAUAACCCGGGAGCCCGGGCCUCAAGGAAAGAUUCGUUGAGCAGGGGAGGGAGGUCGCGGCGGCGGCAUGGCAAGGUUCCAGAGGGCCGACCUGGCUGCUGCAGGAGUUAUGUUACUUUGUCACUUUUUAACAGACCGGUUCCAGUUCGCCCACGGGGAGCCUGGACAUCUCACCAAUGACUGGAAUUAUGAAGUUGCAAAUGCUUUUCCUUGGAGUGAAGAGGGGGUAGAAGUGGACUCUCGCGCAUACAACCACAGGUGGAAAAGAGAUGUGGACCCUUUUAAAGCGGUAGACACAAACAGAGCCAGCAUGGGCCAAGAGGCUCCAGAGUCCAGAGGCUUCACUGAUCUGCUACUGGAUGAUGGACAGGACAAUAACACCCAGAUAGAGGAGGAUACGGAUCACAAUUACUACAUUUCUCGGAUAUAUGGUCCAGCGGAUUCUGCCAGCCGGGAUCUGUGGGUGAACAUAGACCAAAUGGAAAAAGACAAAGUGAAGAUUCACGGGAUACUUUCCAACACUCAUCGGCAAGCUGCAAGAGUGAAUCUGUCCUUCGAUUUUCCAUUUUAUGGUCAUUUUCUAAAUGAAGUCACUGUGGCAACUGGGGGUUUCAUAUAUACUGGAGAAGUUGUACAUCGAAUGCUCACAGCUACACAGUAUAUAGCUCCGUUAAUGGCAAAUUUUGACCCCAGUGUAUCCAGAAAUUCAACUGUCAGAUACUUUGAUAAUGGCACAGCUCUUGUUGUCCAGUGGGACCAUGUCCACCUGCAGGAUAAUUACAACCUAGGAAGCUUCACGUUCCAGGCCACACUCCUCAUAGACGGGCGCAUCAUCUUUGGAUACAAAGAAAUCCCUGUCUUGGUCACACAGAUAAGUUCUACCAACCAUCCAGUGAAAGUCGGGUUGUCUGAUGCAUUUGUCGUUGUCCACAGGAUCCAGCAAAUACCCAAUGUUCGAAGAAGAACAAUUUAUGAAUAUCACCGAGUAGAACUACAAAUGUCCAAAAUUACCAACAUCUCAGCUGUGGAGAUGACUCCACUUCCCACAUGUCUCCAGUUCAAUGGUUGUGGCCCUUGUGUGUCCUCGCAGAUUGGUUUCAACUGCAGUUGGUGCAGCAAACUUCAAAGAUGCUCCAGUGGAUUUGAUCGCCAUCGGCAGGACUGGGUGGAUAGUGGAUGCCCGGAAGAGUCAAAAGAGAAGAUGUGUGAGAAGACAGAGCCAGGGGAAACAUCCCAAACUCCCACGAACUCCCACACAACCACCACACAAUUCAGGGUCCUGACCACCACCAGGAGAGCUGUGACGUCACAGAUGCCCACCAGCCUGCCUACAGAAGAUGACACGAAGAUCGCCCUACAUCUCAAAGACAGUGGAGCCUCCACAGAUGACAGUGCAGCUGAGAAGAAAGGAGGAACCCUCCAUGCAGGCCUCAUUGUUGGGAUUCUCAUCUUGGUCCUCAUUAUAGCGGCGGUCAUUCUGGUGACAGUGUAUAUGUAUCACCAUCCAACAUCAGCAGCCAGCAUCUUCUUCAUUGAGAGACGCCCAAGCAGAUGGCCAGCAAUGAAGUUUCGAAGAGGAUCAGGACAUCCUGCCUAUGCAGAAGUUGAACCAGUUGGAGAGAAAGAAGGUUUUAUUGUAUCAGAGCAGUGCUAAAAUUUUAGGACAGAGCAGCACCAGUACUGGCUUACAGGUGUUAAGACUAAAACUUUGCUUAUGCAUUUAAGACAAACAAACACACACCCACAACCACACACAAAGGAGCCCUAAACUGCUGUAGGCAGAAGGGCGACGAGAUUUCUGGACAAGCCCAGCCCAGGAACAUUGAGAGGAAAACUCAAACUUGUACAAGACACCACGUACACUGAAUAAAGAAUUCCCUAGUGGAAUGACAUCCAUGGUUCACAAGGAACAUCUCCUGUGGACUUGCCAGGAGUGUGACGAGAUGACGAUGCUUUUGGUUUAGGUGCAGGGUUGCAAAGGAAUCAAGGAAAAAAUAUGAUAAUAAAUAAAGCUUUAGUUCACAAGGGAUCUACACUUUUGGUUCAAAUGUUCUUCUCUGACGUCUCAAAGAUAAUCAUGUUCCAAUGCCUGAACACUGUCACUGAAAAGAGCAAUGGUGAAUGUUUCAAGAUUGCAGGGAACAAGAGCUCACACGAGAGCAAAACCAAACAUGGAUGGAGGUUUUUCUCUUUUCCAAACAGACUAUCAGCAGGAAGAUUUUAUGUUUUUCUCUAGAUGCUGUUGUCCAGACAAGUUCAUUACUUUGUAGGAUGAAUCUUUCAUUUGUUCAGAAGUUCAAACUAUGCCUGCCUCUUCCUUGGUAUUGAAUACUCUUUUUGUGAGCUGUGACAUAAUUCCCUAAUGUUAAGCUAAGGACCAGAGAGGAAGGAGCAGCCAGUGAUGUUUUCCAUUCUCUCACUGAAGAAUAAAAUGAAAUUUGCUUUCUAAGGUGCUGCUUCCUCUCCCACCUGGAGUUCUAGGAAGCCACAUUUGCUCUUGGCUUAUAAAAACAGACAGAAUUAAGAGGAAUAUUCGUGAGAUCAUUUUUUGAGACAAAUAUCUUAAGGUUUUUUUUUUUUUUUUGUGAAGUUUACCAUGUCUGUAUAAAAAACUCAUUGUCAAUCCCUGUCCCAUUCAAGUCAACAUAUCCCUGGUGAUAGGAAAAAAAAAAAAGGAAUGAUAUAACCCUGCUGAAUCACACAGUAAUUUUCUUUAAAGCACAUAGUAGUUACAUAAAUAUAUAUAUAAAUAUAUUUUUGUUUAUAACUAACACAAGGCAGGCUCUUGUGGCUCUAAAAAGUGUAUUUUGUCAUCAAGACAAAACAAAUGCAAGAUGCAUCACUGGUUCCUUUGAUAACAUUGUAAGAUAAUCCUCAAUAUUUUUAUGUUACUUCCAGAAGUGUUUCAUUUAGCUGCAGCAUGUAUCAUUUGCCUCCUCUUGCAUCCCCCAUACCAUUUAUAUCAACCCAUCCCUCCUUGAUUCGAAGAAGCAAUUGUAAGUGUCCCUUGAGUUGAGUUUUCAUUUAUAGUCUGAUUGAAAUCCAAAUUUUUAAGGGACAUUCCCAUAAGUAAAGAAAGGAGAGGUACCGAUCAAGGAGGAAGGAGGUAAAUGCAAACCAUGUCCCUAAAUAUGAGUUCAGGUACUGAGUCAUACAUUUCUACAAAUGGCUUGCCCUGUAAAACUUUCACAUUCUGUGCCAAGGAAAGUUCUGGUUCUUACAAGGUACAGCAUUCAGCAUUUGCAGAUUCAGGCUCACAUAGCAAGUAUCUUUACCAGUAGCACCUCGCUGACAGUUUAUAAUCUGGGUACAAUGUCUACACUGGACAGCUGACUGCCAGGUUAUCAUUUUCCAUAAGCAAGGCUUCUUUUCUGUGACAUAUAUUUUGCUUUAUACUUUAUACUCACAAAUACUUCAAGUAUGUGACGAUGGUAACUUUUCCCUAACCUUAGUUUAAAAUGUCAGAAAGGAAAGGUAGAAGGGAACAUGGUUGCAGGAUGUGAUGACGAUCCGUACCCCUGCUAUGCUCAUGCUUUAUGCAAUGUCUCAACUUAUUCUUGUUGGUACAGUUUUGGUGAGAAAGCAAUAACCAAAUGACUUGCCAAUGCAAUUGGUGCAACUGGUAUUCUACAGACACAUAAGGCACACAUAGACGACUUCCUUUUAGGGCGAGAUACGGAUGCUUUCAUGCACUUUGGCAAUAAUCAUGGCUUCUAAAAGCAAUGGAUUGGCAGAUGCCUAGAUAUCUUUGCAUAUAUUUUUCACUCCUUGCAUAAUUCCUUCAAGCAGUAAUGUUAGCCUUAUAUCCUUCAAAGCCCAUCUUCCAGCUUAGACUUAAAAUAAUCAAUAGUUCUGUUAUGUAAAUGCACAAGACCCUCUAAAUUAUUCAGUAUACCAAAGCACCAAGUAAUAGGAGAAAAAUGAUUGGAAGCAAAAAGGAUGCUAAGUUAUAUGAAAAUGUUCAAAAAUAAUUAAUAAAAUAAUUACUUAUAUAAUUAUUAAUAAUGAAUAAUUAAUUCUGCUUUACAUGAAUCCACAAGAAAUGAGAGGAAAUAUUAGGAGAAUCUCUUCUUGCUAGGAAAUUCUAGUUCUGGUUUGUUCUUGAUUCCUGUUUUCUUCAAAGGAAGGGCCUAGAGAAUUUCCAAAAACUUCAAAAAGGAGUCCAGUGGCAUGGACUUCAUCCGAUUUAUGCAUUACAAGCACCUUAGUCAACAUUCUGUGAGAAUGAAGAAAGAUUAGUACUGGGAUUUUUAUGAGAAAAAUGAAAGUGGAAUACAUACAACUUUAGAGGAAAUCAGAGAAAUGGUAUUACAAAGGAAGUUACUUAUGUCAUCUUAAUUAUUUGUAAGAGUAGUAAUAAGUGAUCAGAGUUACAAAUCAACCAACAAGAUGUUACAGGCCACUUAUUGGCAUGUUUGUGAAUGGUUAAGACCUUAUGGGACAUUAACAAAUAAAGAAUAGUUAAAGGCAAAGGAGAACUGAGCACAAAUGUUAUUACAGUAAGGCUUUUAGGGUAUUUAGUAGACUCUGAAAUAUAUGAUGUAAAGUGGUGCUGUUUACUAUUAUAUCUACUGGCUAGUUAUGGGUAGUGAUCUUUAAAUUAAAUAAAUUUUCAUUCAGUUGUCUGGUCACAUUUUGAAUGGCUCAUAGCCACACAUGGUUCAUGGCUACCAUUGUGGGCUACAGACACUUCUAUCAUUGCAGAAAGUUUUAUUGUAACAUGCCAUAAUGUUUCAAUUGAACUAUUUGCUUUUGAAGGAAAUAGUGGAAGGAAGGGAGGAAGCAAGCAAGCAAGCAAGCAAGGGUAUUUGAGAGCUCUUAGGUAUAUUCAAACAAUUAUUUUCUUGUAAUCCAAGAGACGCCUCAUAAAGAAAUGAUGAGAAUACCAGUUGACAUGGCUUUGUAUCUUCAUAGUGUUUCCUUUGAAAAACCACUUCAACUUCCAUGAGUCUCAAUUUUCACAUUGGAAAAAAAUUAAAUAUAUUCUCCUGUCGCUUUUGCAAGAUUAUUUUACAGACCAACUAAUACAGAUGUAAAGACUUUUGAAACCUUACAGAGAAGUGAUCUAUAAAGCACAUCUGUAGGGCAAGCACAAAAUUGCACACAAGGGAAAAAUAGUCCAUCAAUCCAAAAGGCAACUCAAGACAAUGAAGGCAAUAUAUUCUUGAGAAAGUGUCAAAGUGAAUAGAAAACCUGUUUGAGUUUCUUUUUGUCUAUGUCUUUCUUUCCUGCCUCUUUCUUUUAUUUGCCAAAUCACCUGUGUCUCCCCCAUUUGCCUAGACUCUUUUAUUUGGAGUCACUUUGUGCCUCUUUGUUUGUUCUGCUCAGGAAUCCCAGCAUCUUAGCAGAGGCUCUUUUGAAAGCAAAAUAAAUGACACUGUAAACAUUAGUUAUCUCUUAUGUAUUUUAUUUCUAUUAAAAAGCAAGGAACUGUAACUUAAUACUAUAUAAAUAUGGAGGAAACUUGCUUUUGAUGUAAAUUCUACAAAUGCCAGACAUUAUAAACAAAAUAAAACUACCUUAAAGUUUGCUCAUGUCCAGAUAAUACAUAAAGUGGGAAGGCAUCUUAUACAACCUGUUCCUUUUACUGAUGUGGAAACAAAGGCUUAUAGAGGUACAAUAAUUAUCAUUGGUGUCAAAAGUGGGUUUUGAACUUAAACCUCUCGAUUGUUUCUUUUCUUCUUUUGAUUGCUAUGGCUUACGUUCCUCUGUAAGUAAUUAAGACAACUAGCAUCUGGAAGUCAUAAUCCAUGAAAAAAUUAAUUUCACCUGCUAUAAGGAAGAUCUCUCUAUACUGUGUACUAUAGUAUGAAGCAUUGAAGAAAUAGUCUUCUAUGCUAUUACUGUCAUAAGAAUCCUGUUGUUCUCUUUCCAAUUCCAUCCCUGAAUGGGUCCUUAUGUGUCCCCUCUCUCACCUCCUCAGCUGUGGUCAUCAGUUAGCAGUGCUAUUUAUGUUUGUCAUUUGAAUGCCUUUCUGCCUUUGUUUCGUUUCUACUCAAUGGUAUUUGAAAACUAAUACUGUUUAUUGAAGAAUUUCUGCCACCUCGAUAAUCACCAUUUUUACUUGUUCAUGGAAACUAUUCAGAAACUUGUUUUCCAAGAAGGUCUUAUGGGAAAAGAUUGUGAGACCAGAGGUGUUACCUAUGAUCUCCUCACACCGCUGUGUUUUUAUAAAGCACUUUACAUUUUACAGAGUACAUUGAUUCGUGCUUUUACUUGUUCUUUCAUUGAACCACAAAAUUAAUUUUCCUAUGUGUUAAGCACCUACUGUGUGGAAGUUACUCUGCAGAUCUUUUGAUACAAGAAAACAAAUUAUA